UUGCAAACCUUCGUUUUAAGUAACCCAAGCGCCAGCCAAUGAAGAGAGUUUUAGGGGCACCUCUCUGCACCCCAGCUGCCUGCAGCAGCAACGCCAGCCAGUGAACAGAGUUUUAACUGCUCCGCUGUCGGGCGAACGCAGGUCGUGUCCCGGGUCUGAGGGCGCCGCGCCCGCUCCCCGCGCCCUCCUGGUCUCUCCGCUCCCAGAGCCUCGGGCCUCCCUGGAGCCGGGGAGCCGCCACCGCUUGGCCCCUCCUUUCCUGCGCGCCCCUGGCCCCGCGGCUGCAGCUGCUUCCUGGAGGCCGCGGAGGUGGACCUGUGUGUGUCAUGGACAGGUCUCAGGUGUGCUGCAGGGAGAACUAGUCCAGUCUAGGCCGCUGGACCAUCUUGCAUAUCCAUCAGUCACAGGGAAGGACUUCAACUGCUCUGGCUGGUGUGUGGACCAAUCAUUAUUCAUCUGCCUCCAAACUGCCCAGUGCUCUGCUUCCACUCUCGUCCCUCUUCCUGAAGUGGCGUCUUGGGCUCAGAGACGACAUUCCUUUAGACUUCCAGAAGCUGGAGGAGGAAAUGGAUCCAGUGAUCGCUGAGGAUGUGGCCGUGGUCUUUAGCCAGGAAGAGUGGCCUUUGCUGGAUCUUGCCCAGAGGAAACUCUACAGAGAAGUGAUGAUGGAAACCUUCAGAAACCUGGCCUCAGUAGUCUCUCAAAACUUUAAUGAUGGAGAAAAGUUAUCCAGUGAACAUAUAAUGGUGCAACUCAUGAAGAAUAACACCUGGUCCUCCAUGUUAGGAGAAAUCUCCGAAUUGCAUGGCAAUAAAGAUCAGCAUAAAAACCAGUGGAGACAUGUGAGAAGUCAUACAGUAGAGAACCACUGUGAAAGUAAAGAAACUGAUCAACACGGGAAAACCUUCAGCUGGAUUCCUCUAGACGUAAAUCCUUUUAAAUGCUGUGUGUGUGGAAAAGCCUUCAUGGAUCACUCAUCACAUAACCAUCAUGCCAGAUCUCACACUGGAUGCAAUACCUGUCAGUUUAAGGAAUGUGGAGAAGCCAGCAGUUGUUCCUCUCAUCUAACCACUCCUAUAAGAACUCUUAAUGGAAAGAAACCCUGUAAAUGUAAGGUAUGUGGGAAGGACUUCAUUUGUAUCUCAGCCCUGCAUAAUCCUGUGACAACACUCACUGGUGAGAAAUGCUAUGGAUGUAACCAAUGUAGGAAAGCUUUCUGUAGUUUCUCAUCCUUUUGCACACACGUAAGAGGCCAUAAGCAUGAAUGUAAAGAAUGUUGUAAAACCUGGAGUCAUCCUUCAUCCCACAUUUUACAAAAAAAAAUUCACCACAGAGGUAGGCCUUAUGAAUGUAAGGAAUGUGGGAAAGCCUUUAGUUGUUCCUCAUCCCUCCGUACACAUAUGCGAACUCACACUGGAGAGAGGCCUCAUGAAUGUAAGGAAUAUGGGAAAGCCUUUAGUGAGUCAUCACACCUCAUUGAACAUAUGCGAACUCACAGUGGAGAAAGGCCUUAUGAAUGUAAGGAAUGUGGGAAAGCCUUUACAUGUUCCUCACACCUCACUAAACAUAUAAAAACUCACAAUGGGCAGAGACCUUAUGAAUGUAAGGAAUGUGAGAAAACCUUUAGUGAGCCCUCAUCCCUCACUCGACAUAUUAGAACUCACAGUGGAGUGAGGCCUUAUAAAUGUAAGGAAUGUGGGAAAGCCUUUAGUCGUUCCUCAUCCCUCACUAAGCAUAUAAGGAGUCACAGUGGAGAAAGGCCUUACGAAUGUAAAGAAUGUGGGAAAGUCUUUAGCUGUUCCUCAGACCUCACUACACAUAUGCGAACUCACAGUGGAGAGAAACCUUAUGAAUGUAAAGAAUGUGGGAAAGCCUUUAGUGUUUCCUCAACUCUCACUACACACAUGCGAAUUCACAGUGGAGAGAGACCUUAUGAAUGUAAGGAAUGUGGGAAAGCCUUUAGUCAGUCAUCACACCUCACUACACAUAGAAGAACUCACAGUGGAGAGAGGCCUUAUGAAUGUAAGCAAUGUGGGAAAACCUUUAGUUGUUCCUCCGCCCUCACUGCACAUAUAAAAACUCACAGUGGAGAGAGACCUUAUGAAUGUAAGGAAUGUGGGAAGGCUUUCAGUUGUUCCUCAGUCCUAACUAAUCAUGAAAGAAUUCACAGUGGAGAGAGGCCUUAUGAAUGUAAGCAAUGUGGGAAAGCCUUUAGUCAGGCCUCAGCCCUCAUUACACAUAGAAGAAUUCACAGUGGAGAGAGGCCUUAUGAAUGUAAAGAAUGUGGGAAAAGCUUUAGUCGUUCCUCAUCCGUCACUAGACACACAAAAACUCACAGUGAAGGCGUUAUGAAUGUAAGGAAUGUGAGAAAGCCUUUAGUCAGGCCUCAGCACUCACUACACAUACAAGAUUUCACAGUGGAAAGGGACCUUAUGAACGUAAAGAAUGUGGGAAAGCCUUUAGUCGUUCCUCACACCUCACUUCACAUAUAAGAACUCACAGCGGAGAUACUACUCUUGCUUCAGAAGUGGGAUGUUUCAUCUUUACUGCUAUAAUUUCAAACAGCCAGUUUCCAAAAGUCUGCUGUUAAAGGGCAAAGUUUCUCAGUAAAAAAGCAAUACUAACUCAGAGAAGCUGGGUCACUUGAGCUACUUUGUGCCUUUGAGUGAAAAGACAGUUUCGUUGUAACUGUGAGGCUGUCCUCAUCAGUGUUACUUUUUGAGUCCAAGCUAAAUCUUACCUUUCUGAAAUCUUUGGCUAUUACAAAUAUAGCAAAUUGAGCAAAUGUGGUUUUAUAAUUAAUGUUUUUAUUGAUGUUAUUUUGUAUACAAUUAAAUACACUCAUUUUGUAUAUGGUGAUGCAAAAUUUAGGGGAGAGAGUAAUGCUGAGCCAGCUUCCAAAGUCAUGAGUCAGGUAAAUGACCAGGAGGUGGGCAGACAACAGUAAUGGAGAGAAGCUGGUACAGUCAAAAAGCAGUAAAAGAAACAGGGAUUUUACACGAGAGUGGAGGAAGAUCAGCCCCCAAAUGGUACUAGGGAUUGAGAACAAUUCUGAUCUCACUCCUGGAAUCAGAGCUACAAAAGGUGUCAGAUAAAAUCCAAGUGUUAAAUAGAUUUUUUAAAAUCCAGAAACGACAUGGAGAAAAGAGACUUUUUCACAUAGAUUGUCCACAAACCAGAGAGCUGGGAAUUACCCAGAAAAAAGCUUUGCAUACUUCAACCCACCUGUUUUCCUUACAACGAGUUCUUUACUCCAUUUUGCUUUCCAUUCCUUCAUUGUUUUCCAACUGUUAUAGCUCUGCUUUCUUUUGCUCAUUUUUUUGUACCCAUCUUUUAAGUUCAUAAAAUCUACACCCUGCUGUGUAUCAAAUGAUAUUAAACCCAUCUACCCCUCUAAUUUCAUAACUAUAUGUUUCAAUACAGAAUUUCUGGCUGGUUGCUUUCAAAUCUACAGUGUUAUUUGUUGUUUCCAGUUUCUGCCUUUUAUCCUCAUGACCAUGGAAGGAUAGGUGUUUUAGAUCUGUGUCUUGUUUCUGUUGUCUGUGCUGGUUCAUUCCCUGUGUGCCUGAUAAUUUGUUGUUUUGUGAUAGACAUUACAUUCAUUAGGUUUUCUUAUUACUCUGAACAGUUUUAACAUAUACUAAAUAAAGUACAACAAUCAUUCAUAUAUUUGUUGUCAAGGAUCAACAACUGUUAACAUGUUAGAUGUCUUAGUUACAGAUAUAACUGAAGAUAGUUUCUUAUUCCAAAAAGGUUUUUGUUUUUUCUUUUUCUUAAAACAUUUAGAGCUUGAGAUUCCCGUUUGAAUGACGCACAACCAGGUGUGAAAUCCUUGUUUUAUAUUUAUAUGGCUCCCAUUUUUGUGGAAGCCUGACCUCCAAUCUCUGCCCCUUAUUUCCAUAGCUUUAUAACUGAAUCAGCCUUCUAUGGGUAAAGUUCAUUUGAAAUGCUUGACUCCUCUCUAAUUUCAUAUUCUUCUUAAUUGCGUCCUCAAUUCCUUAAUAUCUUACUUCCCUAAUGCUUUUGGGAAGAUGAAUCUUACUUCAUCCAGACUUUUUAGGUGUCUCCACUAGAAGAUGGGGUCCAAACUGCAGAAAGUAGAAAUCCCAUUAGUCCUUUGAACAUUUAUUAAAAUUUAUAACAAAGGCGGAAGCCCUGGUGGUGUAGUGGUUAAGUGCUACAGCUGCUAGCCAAAAGGUCAGCAGUUCGAAUCCACCGGGUGCGCCUUGGAAACUCUAUGGGGCAGUUCUACUGUGUCCUAUAGGGUCACUAUGAGUCAGAAUUGACUCGACAGCAACAGGUUUGGUUUUUGGUUUUACAGCAAAGGCUGCAUAAUCUUUCUAAUUAUAUUUUGUUUUCUGUGAACUGAUUAGACAUCAUUUGGCUUUGUUUUCAUUUUUUACAACUGAAUUUAAAAAAUAUCGUGGUAAAAUACACAGGAUGUAAACUUUGCCAUUUUCGCCACCGUGAGUGUACAAGGAGCCCUGGUGGUAUAGUGGUUAAGGGCUACAGGUGAUAUUCAAAAGGUGGGCAGUUUAGAAUCCACCAGCCAGUCUUUGGAAACCCUAUGAGACAGUUCUACUCUGUGCUAUAGGGUUGCUCUGAGUCGGAACUGACGUGACAGCAACGGGUUUUUUGUUUAAGUGUACAAAUGCAUUAGUUAUAUUUGCAGUGUUGUGUAAUCAUCACCCCAUCUAUUCCAAAAAAUUUUCAUCACUCCAAACAGCAGCUCUGAACCCACUAAGCAGUGAGUCUCUAUCUCCCCUUCCCACAGCCCCUGGUAACCACUAAUAAACCUUGGUUUCUCUGCAUUUGCCUAUUCUGGACAAUACACAUAAAUGGAACCAGGCAAUAUCUGUCCUUUGGUGUCUGCCUUAUUUCACUCGUCAUGUCUUUGAGGUUCAUCCGUGUCAUAGCAUGUACCGGAGCAUUCCUCUAUACAGUGGAAUAAUAUCCCAUUGUAUGUGUAUAUAUUUUGUUUAUUCACUCAUGUUUGAUGGGCACUUGAGUUGUUUUCACCUUUGUCUAUUUUGAAUAAUAUUUCUGUGAACAUUCAUAGGGUGUUUGUGUCUGUGUU